AGACUUAUACGCGGAAACGUUACUUCAACGCUGUCAAUCAAGCCUGGAAGUCAGUUCUUCAACCAAUGAGCUUUUACAAGGAGGCCAAUCUAGUGCGGUCAGUUCGAAAUUACAAGACCAUGUCGAAUUAUGAACAAAGACAACCGCUGACCACUGUCUACGUGCGCUGGCGGGCUAACGAAGAYUUAAAGACGUAUACCUUGGACGACAUCAUUGAAAUCUUCAGCCAUUUUGGAGAAAUACGCAAGGCACGGCUACAAACGCCAAGCAGUGCUUGGGUUACGUUUGAAACGAUUGAGAGUGCAUGCCGCGCCAUCAAUGUUAAAAAUAUUGGUGUCAGCGGUUAUCCGUUACACGUGUGCUGGYUGCCACAAGCCAAUCAGAACGCACGCUGGGUCAAAAAGGAGUCCUUUCCAAGACCCUAUGAUAUGCUGCCCAAGCUGCUGAGUACAGGGAUCAGCGAGGCAAUUUCUAAUUCUAGUCAGAUUCAGUGUUCGUUCUAUAGAUGUCCCUAUCGACAUGUAAGACACACUUGAAAAAUAAAAUACUUUGA